AUGAAGGCCCCAACGUCGGUCAAAGAGAUCCAGUCCUUAAAUGGACGUUUAGCCGCCCUCCAUCGAUUCUUAUCGAAAGCACCAGACAGAUCUCUCCUAUUCACGGACGUGCUCAGAAAAAGCUUCAGAUCGGAGUUCAAAUGGACCGAGGAAGCCGCACAAGCCUUUGAAGAACUUAAAGCUUUUCUCGGCACCUUGCCAACACUCACCGUACCAGAAAAAGAUGAGGUAUUGACAGUCUACCUAGCCGCAUCAUGCGGUGCUAUCAGCGCGGUGCUCGUCGCUCACCGAACCGGGGCGCAGAUCCCCAUUUACUAUGUGAGCCGAACAUUAAAAGAUUAUGAAACGAGAUAUUCAAACUUAGAAAAACUAGCUCUGGCAUUGGUUCAUGCUUUAAGAAGACUUCGCCGAUAUUUUCAAGCUCACCCUAUCGAGUUGCGAACGGAUCAAAGAAUCCAGCAUGUUCUCCGACGACCCGAAGUUUCAGGUCGCAUGGCGAAGUGGUCGAUCGAACUGGGUGCAUUCAAUAUUACUUUCCGAACCAAAGGACCUUUGAAAGGGCAAGUGAUAGCCGAUUUUCUAGUAGAAAUGCCGGAGGAAAAAGUAGUAGAAGAAACCGAGAAAGCUCCAGACAAACCCUGGACUCUGUAUACAGACGGAGCUUCGAGCUCCAAGGAGUCAGGAGCAGGCUUGAUUCUCACCGAUCCAGAUGGUACGGAUAUGACAUAUGCGCUCCAGUUAGAAUUCAAGAGCUCCAAUAAUGAAGCUGAAUAUGAGGCUCUAUUAGCCGGACUACGUCUGGCGCUGAAAGUUGGAGCAAGAAAUGUUAUAGCCCAUGUAGAUUCUUUGCUCGUAGCGAAUCAAGUGAACGGAGAGUAUGAAGCAAGGGAAGCCAACAUGAUUGAAUAUCUCGAACAAGUAAAACAAGUCAUGGCAUCAUUCGAAUCGUGCAAAGUUGAUCACGUUCCUCGUAACAAAAACAAAAAAGCCGACGCAUUGAGCAAGCUGGCCUUCGUCUCAUUCAGUCAUUUGGCCAAGGAAGUAAGAGUGGAGGUAUUAAACGCACCUUCAAUUGCUACUCCUCAUGUUAUGCAAGUAGAAGCUCCGUCUCAAACAUGGAUGACACCUAUAAUUAAUUAUCUAGUGCACAAUGUUUUGCCAGUUGAUAAAGCAGAUGCGAGAAAAAUCCAAAUCAAUUCUCUUCAAUAUCAGAUGCAGGAAAGAGCCCACCCUCAGGGGAACGGGCAGGUCGAACAGAUAAAUCGACGAAUCGUCGAUGGGAUAAAGAGAAGACUUGGUUACGAAGGUAAAGGUUGGGCGGAUGAGUUACCGAACGUCCUGUGGGCUCACCGAACAUUACACAAAACCAACAACGGAGAAACGCCGUUCAGUCUUACAUAUGGAACUGAGGCCGUGAUCCCCGCAGAGAUCGGACUCCUAAAUCAAAGGUGCAAAAAUUGGGAAGAAAACGAACGGGAGCUCCGAUCCAAUCUUGAUCUACUAGAAGAGCACCGGAACAUCGCGGCGAUUAAGGAAGCCCGAUACAAAAAGAAGAUCGAGAAAUACUAUAACGCUCGUGCCAAGCUUUACAAAUUCAAGUUCGGAGACUUUGUGCUCCGAAACAAUGAGGCAAGCCACGUCGAAACCCUCGGGAAGCUAACCCUAAAGUGGGAAGGACCGUACCGAGUCAAGGAGGCUAGCGAAAAAGGCUCGUACGUGUUGGAAAAAAUCGAUGGAACUCCUGUACCCAGGACAUGGAACGGGGUCCAUUUAAAAAAAUGCUUUAUGUAA